GCUUUGGAUUUGCUGGAGGACUUCCGAAGAAGCCCUUCCGACAUCCGGGACGCUGCGCAAGUGGUUCGAGACACUCUGCUGGGUCCUGUGGCUUGGACAGGUGACCAGAAAGGAGGUGUCGACGUGCUGGAAGCAUUUAUUCGUUCCGAGGGGCCCAAGACGAUCUUCCGACGUCAGAAUGCCAUGGGUGACAAUUGGCAAGAGGAAGCGAGGAACGGCACCAUGUCGCUCCUCAGUGAGCUGACCAAAGCAGGCCCUGCCUUGGAGCAGGAGUUCUUGCGGCUGAGCAAGGAGGCCGACGAGCGGGAGAUGGGAUGCCAAGCUCUUGGCUGCGCUGAUGAUCACUUCUCGAACAUGGGCACCAAGGCCGCCGACUUGAACCGGGACAAAGCCGUGGCAGCCCCGCCCGCACCGCCGGCCCCACCAGAGGUGCAGGAAGAAGAUGCGGAGACCUUCCUUGGUAUUUCGAAGCGGUCCCGAAAGCAGCGCCCGCGAGGGACAAAGCCACAGCCGAAGCCGAGCUCGGUACUCCUUUUGAAUCUUUGGUCGGACAGAGCCGUGUUUAGUGUGUUCUCCUUCGGAUGGCCCUCGGCGCUGGCCUGUGCUGCGGCGGUGGCACCGGUUUGGGCAGCAGCUGUUCGAAGGUUUGGGGCCGCUGAAGGGAAAGGUACGGAAGCCGCUGGGAUCCGCAGAGGCGCUUGGAGGACCUGGCUGACGCUGCUUUGCCCAGGUACAGUGGAGGUCGCUAGAGACUCGGAAGACGGCGAGGCUUUGUCCGAGAAGCAUCUCUUGCAACACUUGGUGUGUCCGCCUCGCGCUCCUGACUGUGACUGGUGCAUUUCGCUGGACUGGUGCUUUCUUGUCGCUCUUUGGAAAGACGGCAGGCGGCUCUGGACCGGGACUUUCACGGCGCCCCAGGCCUUGCCAGAUGUCGAGGAGCGCGAUGGAGGCCCGAGCUGUUUCGAAGGCAAGGAGAUCCAGCCUCAGUGUCAGAAAAAGGCGUCGCUGGCGGAAAUGGCCAGAGCGACGGUUUCUGCGACGGCAGUACGUGGCACAUUGCUGCUGCCGCUGCCCGCUUUGCUGCGUCCUGGUCCACUUGACCCGUCGGAGCUUUUGCCACGGGGCGGCCUCUUGCGCGUCGUCUUGGGCGUGUCUGUCACGACAGAGAAGGACACGACGGAGCUUCGAGCCAGCCUCGGCUUUGCAGGUCCUGAUGGCCGCUGGCUCGACGGGCGCACCGCCAUGCUGCUACUCACGGGCCUCGCAGUCAGCAGCGAGCGACAGCGACUGGAGAAAGAGCUGGAGCUAGUUCAGCACAAUCUUCGCCAGCAUACGGAGCUUGCAGACGAGGCUCACAGCGAGAUCGAGCGAACUUGUGGCGGCAUGAAGGCCUCGGUGCAGCAUCACAUGGCAACCUCCCUGCGACUCCAAGAACCCUUGGAUGAUGCCGCGUAUUGA